ACACAAAAUAAAAUGAAUGUGGAAGCAGGAGCUGGAAUUAAUACAUUUGACCCAAAAAAUCCUCACGGCAAGGGUGACCCUAAUGAUCGCUCCCUACGCAAAGUUGAGGUGGAAGUUCUUAUACCCAAAAUUAUGCGUGAUAGAGCCAAAGAGUUCCACUGUAAUACUGAGGUGAAAGCAUUUGAAACCUGCUGCAAGGACCAGGGUAUAUUGAUGGUGGCAACAUGUCGCAAACAAAAUUCAGCUUUAAGAGAUUGCCUCACGACUUGGUAUAGCAAUGACGCAUUUAAAGAGGAAUGCAAACAAAUUUAUUUGCAAGAACGUUCAGAAUACAGACGUACCGGAAUACCAAAGAAACAUAGAGUGGAAAGGAUGUAGUAAUAAAUAAUGUAGAAAAUAAAAGUUUAGCAUUUGGUUGAGAAAAAUAAAAGUUUACUUUCUUAUAUUUUGAUUUUGAACAAAA